UUUAUUGAAUACAAAUUUUUUUUUAAAUAAUGAUUUAAAAAUAUUUUUAUGUGAACUAAAUCCCAUGCUUGUCACUGCUGGCCGAGGAGUCAUUCAUUUUUACGGUCAUAGCCAUAGGUGUUUUAGCUUUAGGUCAUGUCUGAAAUCAAAACUUUUCUGUAUGCCUGGUUGGGCAAACAAAAGAUGACGCCAUCCUAUGACAUUCAACCAAGUGGUUCAAAAGCAAGACCAAAGUUUAUGUGUGAAGUACGAGUUGAUGGUAUACCUUAUGUGGGGAUCGGAAACUCAACAAAUAAAAAAGAUGCGCAAGCAAACGCUGCUUAUGAUUUUGCCAACUAUCUUGUUAGAGCAGGAAAGAUACAAGCCUCUGAGAUUCCUUCCAAAGUGGUUAUUGCAUCAUCAGCUCCACAACAACCAAGCAGCACUUAUGAUAACAUGACAGGGGAAUUACCAUCCGGUAUUCUCCCACCACAUCUGCAAUUAAAACAAGAGGAAUGCAAUAACCAAGGUGUUGGAGACAACAACCUCCCCCACCACGAUCAAGUCACCGACUUUUCAUUUGAACGAGCGGGUCCAUCUGUACGUGGUGGUGCGCUCCAUGAUUAUUAUGAUCGGAAAAGAAAGUUGGAAGAGGAAGAGACUUUUGCUUCUGAAGAGAUUGACCUCAAUUCUAAGCUUCAUGGCAACUGGACUGUAGAAAACUCAAAGGGUCGCCUUCACCAGUUUUUCCAACAGAAUAAAAUUAACCCUGAAUAUAAAUACAGCCAAGUGGGGCCAGACCAUAACAGGAGUUUUAUAUCAGAAUUGGUUGUUUAUAUAAAGAAGCUUGGAAGAUCAUUACAUGCCAGAGAACAUGGCUCUAAUAAGAAGAAUGCUUCACAGUCGUGUGCGUUAUCAAUUAUACGACAGCUUUAUCAUUUAAAUGUGAUCGAAGCUUAUACUGGAAUCACAAAAAACAAAGCAAGCGAUGAGGCUGAACCUUAUGCUGUGAACCUCGAUCAAGCCACAGAGCAACAACUGAUCGACUUGCUUAAAAAGCUCAACAUUCCUGCAGUGUGUCCGCCCGAAUCUUGUCCAAACCCGUUUAAUCUCGUAAUCCCAAAGCCACAGGUUACCCCAGCAACAGACGUGAGGUGUGUGGCGGGCGUGAUACCAUGGUCACCACCCCAGGUCAACUGGAAUCCAUGGACGAGCUGUAAUAUUGAUGAAGGCCCACUUUCUAAUUGCAGUGAUGAACAAAUAAGUUCAGACUUGAUGAAUGCAAACUUAUACGCAAUGGAGAACAACCUAAGAUUAAAACAGAUGAUGGAUGAAAGAAGUUCUCUUCCCAUCCUUGACUACAAACAUAAACUUCUUACUCUUGUUCGUGAGAAUAAUGUUCUUGUUGUUCGGGGGCAAACUGGGUCUGGUAAAACUACACAGGUGCCACAAUACAUACUGGAUAGUUACAUUGAAUCAAACAAUGCUUCCAAAUGCAACAUCAUAGUCACUCAACCACGAAGAAUAAGUGCGGUGUCCGUUGCUGAACGAGUUGCUGACGAACGCGGUGAAGAGUUGGGCAACAGCACUGGCUACAGCGUUCGGUUCGAAUCUGUUCUUCCAAGACCUCACGCUGGCAUUCUGUUCUGUACAGUCGGUGUUCUGCUGCGAAAGUUAACGAACGGUCUACGUGGUGUGUCUCAUAUUAUUGUGGAUGAGAUACAUGAACGAGAUAUAAAUACGGAUUUUCUGCUAGUAGUUUUACGAGACAUUGUUGUCACUUUUCCUGGGAUUCGAGUAAUUCUAAUGUCGGCAACUGUGGAAACUUCAAUGUUUACCGAAUAUUUUAAUAAUUGUCCAGUGCUUGAAGUGCAUGGAAGGACACACCCUGUACAAGAAUAUUUCAUGGAAGAUUGCAUCGAAAUGUUAAAGUUUGUUCCCCCACCUCGUACACAGAAACAGAGGAAAGAUAAAAAGAACGACGAUGAUGAUAUGAUUGGAACCGAUGAUAAAGAAAACCUGAACCUAAAAGUAGGAGACAUGUACUCCAUACACACCAAACAAGCAAUGUCUCAAAUAAGUGAACGUGAGACAAGCUUUGAACUUGUGGAAGCUAUUCUUAAAUACAUUGGAGAAUUAGGCGUCCCAGGUGCAGUGUUGGUGUUCCUACCCGGUUGGAAUCUUAUUUUCUCGUUGAUGAAACACCUUGAACAACAUCCUAUGUUUGGUGGACCGGCUUAUAAGUUACUUCCAUUACAUUCACAAAUACCUCGUGAAGAUCAACAUAAAGUGUUUGACGCUGCUCCACCAGGUGUUACUAAGAUCAUUCUUUCAACAAACAUUGCGGAGACGAGUAUCACCAUUAAUGAUGUUGUGUUCGUGAUUGACUCAUGCAAAGUUAAAAUGAAGAUGUUUACGUCUCACAACAACAUGACCAACUACGCCACCGUGUGGGCAUCGCAAUCCAACCUUGAACAGCGUAAAGGUAGAGCGGGUCGUGUAAGACCUGGGUUUUGUUUUUAUCUUUGCAGCAAGGCAAGAUAUGAAAGCAUGGAGUCUCACCUGACACCAGAGAUACUACGAACAGCACUUCAUGAAAUUGCGCUUAGUAUAAAGUUGCUUAAACUUGGUUCUAUUGGAGAAUUUCUAUCUAAGGCUCUUGAGCCCCCUCCACUGGAUGCUGUGAUUGAAGCGGAACAUCUACUUCGUCAGAUAAAUGCUCUCGAUCGAAACAAUGAACUCACAAAGCUUGGAAGGAUCUUGGCAAAACUUCCAUUGGAACCAAGACUGGGAAAGAUGAUAAUACUCGGAUGUAGCUUUCUGAUUGGAGAUGCCAUGUGCAUAAUGGCUGCUGCCUCUUGCUUUCCUGAACCAUUUGAAAUGUACGGAAAGCGUUUAAGUUGGAAACAUCGAUCGUUUGCUGGUGAAAGAUUCAGCGAUCAUGUUGCGUUACUUGCUUGUUUCAAUGCGUGGGAAGAUGCAAGAAUGUCAGGUGAUGACAGCGAAGUUCGAUUUUGUGAAAUGAAGCAAGUUUCAAUGUCAACUCUUCGUAUGACAUGGGAAGCUAAAAAUCAACUCAAACAAAUUCUAAUAAAUGAGGGAUUUCCCGAAGUUUGUCUUGAAUGGCAAACCUUUAACAACUGUGGACCCGACUCAAAACUUGAUGUUGCCAUCUCACUCUUAUGCAUUGGUUUGUAUCCAAACAUUUGUAUUUACAAAGAAAAACGGAAAGUAAUUUGCGAAUCCCGUGCCGCGCUCAUACACAAGUCAUCUGUUAAUUGUCCAUUUGGAAACAAAGAUUGUACUUUUCCUUCUCCAUUCUUUGUGUUCGGGGAAAAGAUACGAACUCGUGCUGUAAGUGCAAAGUUGAUAUCAAUGAUCAACCCCCUUCAAUUCCUCAUGUUCACUCCAUGCUCAGUGUUCGCUCAUCAAGAUCUUGUUAAAGUGGAUGAAUGGAUUCCUUUAAAGAUGAAGUUUCAAACUGCAGCAAAUGUUGUUGCUCUAAGAUCAGCGAUAUCAAAUCUCAUCGUACGAACGACAUCCGAACCAGAACUCAUCCUUGAUCCUCCUCCUGAGGAUCGGGAGUUGCUCCACAUCGUGCAACAACUAUCUGAGAUAACUGCUGCAGGGGCGAGUGUUAAUGCACAGGAAGCACUGCAGAGUUUCCGUUCUGAUGGUCCCCCUCCCCCAAAGUUCUACAGAGGAGGCGGUCACUUUAAUAGGAAUGAUGGAUAUGAUUUCAGGGGAAGGGGUGGUUACCAUCGUGAUUACCAAGGCAGGGAUGGAUACAGGGGUCGUGGUCGUUCAUACGGUAGAGGUGGUUAUGGUGGUUUCUAUGACCACAGGGGUCGCGGGGGUUACCGGGGCAGAGGGAGGGGUCAGUGGUGAUAUGGAUCUUCAAUUAGUUGAAAUAUUGUAAAACAAUAUUUUCUUGUGCCAUUAUGAGUUUCAGUGUGUUUUAGUUUAAUCGUUUUUAUUGUCGUAAUAAAAUCUGCUUCCAAGUGAUUGU